AUGGAUCAACUCCCCGAGCGGUCGCGCGAGCUCGCGACCCUCUACCUGGGCUCCGGAACGAUCGCGAUCGCCGUCGUCGUCGCCAUCGCAUUGGUUUUCUCUUGCACCAACGCUUUGGCUCGGAUCAUCUCCGUCACGGCGAGUCACGCGAGUAAGCGAGGAAUCGCGGUGACGAUCGAGAGCGUGGGACUGGCGCGCGUGCGAGGGAUAAAGAUAACGUUUGACGGUGAUAAAAGGUCGCGAAUACGGAGCGUGUCGAUCGAGGAGGCGGCGUACGCGGGGAGCGCGGCGACGGCGCUCGCGUGGUUGUUAAAUUUCGCGCUCAGAAAGGUGAGAGGGAAACAUCUGAGGGAUGGUUUGCCUCCGGUGAGCGCAAGAGGACUUGGGAACGGUAUGUUUGGGAACGGGCGCGCGCUCACGGAGUUCGCGGACGUGACGCCGAGGGCGGGGAGCCCGGGAUCGCAGUCGGAGGAGGGUACGCCGAGGAGCGCGCGCAGAUUCGUACGGUUCGGCGUGGGGUCGCUCAGGAUGGCGUUCGUGUUUAGCGGGAUUGAGAUCGUCACCCGCCGCGCGAGUGGCGAGGAGAAGAUGAGUGAGAUGCCAGAGAAGUAUCCGAGCGCAUCCAAGGAAAAGCCAAAGUCGAGCGGUGGAGGGAUGACACGGAACAAAUGGCGGUUGAUCAAGGGCAUCGCGUCCUUUGUCGACGUCACGGUGGUGUCGCUCACCGUUCGCGAAGAGGACGAUUUGAGCGUGGACACGUUCUUUUGUGACAAGAUGACGUUUGAAUCGUCAGGAUCCACGAGCGCGCGGUUAAAAUCGCUCAUCACCGCUCGUGUCUUACGAGGGAAAGACGGUUGGAGCUUGACGGAUGCCAACGUGCACGUCGCCGCUGAGUUCGACGCAGAGUCGAAGGCAAUCGUGCCCGUGCACGCCGGGUUGAGUGGGGCGACGCUGUCUCUAGUCAAACGUCGCGGCGGCGGGGUGAACAAUUCACGCGAUAGUGUCGUAGAGAAGCCGUCCACGUCGACAAAGGGACCACACAAAGCCGUCCAGGGGUUGCUCAAAAUGCCGAGGAAGUGCGCGGUGGAGUUCAAGCGAGUUCUUAUAGAAGACAGGGAUGAGAACGCGCCGAUUAGUUUUGUUUUGAAUAAAGUUCAAGGCUCUGUCGAGAGACUGAGCGAAUCCGGGCGAGGUUUCAGGUUGUUUCGCAAGAGGGACACGACGCAGUCGCCCUUCGCCUUGACUUCGUUCGGGAGUGACCCGUGGGCGGAGUUUACGUUCUCAGCUGAAGAUGCAAAAUUCAUUCACGAUAAGCACAAGAAGCUCGCAAUCUGCACCGGUAUGAGCGCGUCGAUGGCGUUGGCUUUAUCGGAGAAGAUUCUGGACGACGAGGAAAAGUUACCGGCGACGGCGGCGUUUGAGAUCGACAAGUGCGAACUCAGGCAUCACGCUGAUUUGGCUGAUCUCAUCGUCGCUCUCAAGUCGAGAUCGAAAUCGAAGAAGAAGGACGGCGAGACGAAACCUCCUUCAAAGCGUCGAAGCGACAUACCGUGGGACGUCAUCGACGCGCACGCUUCUUGCGUCAAGUCGUUUAGUGUGCACGCCUUCGACGACGAGGGUUCGGCGACGUGUGUGCUUUCCACGAAACAAAUUAUAGGACGAUACGGGAAGUUAGUCGAAGACGCACAGAAUGAGCUCGUGGUGGAUAUGAAUGUAUCAUGUAAGCGCGGUGUGUGCACGCUAUCACGCGCACAAUUUGGGAUUCCUGGAUUUCAUCCCGUUGUGCAAUUCGAAAGCGCGCGCUUCUCGAGCUCUGAGAGCGAAGGAAGCGCUGUGGAAUUGGAGGGAUCAACGCUCGAUGUGGACAUGGACGAAGCCGCUGCUCUAGUACUGAAGAUUGAACGAGCCGCGUCGAGCAUGAAGGCGGCGGUGUCCGCGGCCAAGGCUCCCAAAUCUGACGAUAAAGAGCACACGACAAGGUCACCGAGCGCCAAGAUGAUGCGCUUGUCCAUGGUGGACACCGCGGUGCGCGCAAAGUGCUCGAUGACGCCGUAUUCAACAUUCGGUGAAAUACCACAGAACUCGCGAGGCAACAAGGCUGUCAUCUGCGCGCUCGAAUUGAUGUGUCCGCUUGCCGAAAUCACCCGCCAAGAAACGGACAUAGACGUCGUCGCUGGUGGUUUCACAAUUUCCAUGUUUGACACCAUUUCCGGAAAAGCGUCGUCGCCGGGACAGUCCUUAGACGGUGAGAACGAGGAUGAUACGUGGGUAAGUCGAAUCGAUUACGAGUCCACUGCGGUAGAGAGUAAUCGUGUCAUGCUCUUCGGGAACUUCGAUGUAAAGUACAAAACGGGAGAGGAGAAUCGAGCGAACGUUGCCGUUGACGGUGUCGAAUUCGAUUGGGAGCCUGAUGUGCACUUCUUGGCGCUCAAGCUAGCACAUCUAGCAAAGUCCGCGAAGCCGUCCCCAAAAACGCCGUCUGAUGUCAACCGAGUAUCCACUGAGGUGAAAAAGAAGUUUGAUGUCACAAUCGACGUACGAAGCGUCAGUGGAUCAUUCUUCAUUACACCUGGCGCUUGUGCGCAAAUAUCAUUCACAGCGCUAGAAGCGAAUUCCCUCAAGAAGAGUUGCUGUGUUCGAGAAGGGACUUUCGGCUUAAACGGCCACGACAUCACGACGAUUAAUCUCGUCAUAUUUGAGUUGGAUUGCGAGGGUCGAUCUCGACCUCACGUCCAAGCGAUAGUCCAUGAAGAAGAAGAGGACGUGCGCGAACGCCGCAAGUUUGGCGUGACGGUUGAGGGUGCAAAACUCAUGCUCCCCGCGGGUUUAGACCUUGGAGAUGCGGCGCAAGCUAUGAUUGCCGGUGAACAGGCGUUGAGGGACGUCAUCUGCGAGGGAGCGAAGAAAGAAACGAAGAAAGCGCGCGUUUCUAUGACCCCUGAGGAGCCAAUUUUUGACGAGUCGUCUCCAUUCCAACCGGUGAACGAGAUUGACGUUCUGGUGACGAAUAUUGAAAUCGAUGUUGAAGAUACAAACCGUUUGGAGAGAUUUUUACGGGCGCGACAGGCCGUGUUAGGUGGUUGCAUGGCCAGCAUGGCACUCAAAGAGUCGAGCGAAGAGGCGAUUGAAGAGGUGACAUCGUUGGUCUUCCAUCAUAAGGAUUUUUUGCGCACGGGCGGCGGAAGUGCGCUUCACAUGACCAUGGGUGGAAUCCGAUCAGUUGGCGUCUGGGGCGGAGGAAAAGGGGCCGGCGAUGAGCUCGCCCAGCGAUCCGCUCAGAUCGUUCGUCGCGUUGAUAAUCCUUACAGCAACUCUGUGGCGUUACAAAUGCAGAACGUGUUCACCAUGAAUACAAACAUGACCAACGUGCGCGUCUGCGUCGCAGAUUUGGACGAGCGACCUCUCUUCGCGUGUGACGAAGCGAUGCUUGCGGGAAGCUUUGUUCAGGCGAGGCAGUACGCGCCACACAUCCUAGAUGGGCAGGUGGUAAUCGGUGUGGGAAGGAGGCGCUGGUCAAAGACGAACGGGCCGGACACUCCGUCUCGUCCACAACCCAUGUGGUUCACGGAUGCCGAUCUCAGACUCGUUGGCGCAGAAAUCUCUAUGGCGACGGCGAUUGAACCGUACCUGUUCAACAUGUCUCGAGAGCUCACGACGAGACUCGUCCUUCCGCGACUUCAUAAGCACCUGCCUGGUGGUGGUGGAGGACGACCGCCAACGCUGGAGUACAACGCCGCCGACCCCCGUCCACCAAGCAUGCCCUGGUGGGAUAUGUUGAGACAUACGUGGCGCGGGAUGAUGCGCGUGCAUUUAAUGCAAACGUCAUUGAAGAUGGAUGCUCAAGGACGAAUCGAGAAUCUAGGGGCGCACGGUGGCGAAAAGUUUAGAAGCGAACUCGAAUUCUAUGCCGAUGUGUGGGAACUCAAUCUUCGACCUCGUCACAUGUUGUUGCGCUGUUCAGAUUUCAGCGUAUCGAGAAUUCAAGACAACGAGGAUUGUCCGCUUCCCAGCAACCCCUCGAGUACGAGCGAAGACGUAGCGAAGCACCACAUGGUUGUCUUCCCAGUGAUGUGUGUAUCGGCUGCGUACGAGUUCAAGUCAAAACUUGAUGAAGGCGAUGGUCAUCGCACUCUGUACCGGCACGAUUCAGCGACGGGACACGAAUUAUUCUCAAAAGACUUGACGUCGUCCACGGCGUGCUUCGUCGAUCUCGACGUAACACUUGAUUCUAAGGAGGAUUUCGUAAAAAAACACGUGGAGCAGAGUGCAGAGUUGGACUGUUUCGUGGAGCGAAUUAGAGAGCAGACAUCGAGAGUUUCGCCGAACGAAUACUCUCAACCCACAUUCGCGCUGACUCCAGAUGACGUUGAGUUUGCGAGCAGGUGGAAGCGUGCGAUGCAAAGUCCGAUGAUUGCGCUCCGCAAUAUUUGGAAUUUCCGACCGUGGGGCGCUCCACGCAGAGUCAAACACCCAGAAUCCAUCAGCUUGGUGGAUCUUUUCAAGAGCGUGGAUACAGUCAUCACGUCUAACGUGAUUCACGUGGUCAACUCAUCGAGCGACGAAACAGAAAGUGCGUUCGGUGCGUGCUUUUCUCUCCACUCGGUCAACGUUCUGGCGAAAAAGGCGCCUCGCGCCAACAUCGAGUUCACCAUUCGAGCAAACGCGUCGCAGUUCCACGUCCCGGAGGGGCCAGAAGAUUCAGAAGUCAAGGCGAUAAGUCCGAUGAGAUCAUUCCGUUUGGCGAAUAAAUCAAUUUCGAGGCGGCUCAAUUUCGCCGAGCUGGAUGACGUGAUCAAGGACAUGUUGCAAGGGAGCACGACUAGUCCGAUCAUGGGAGGAACGUCGCCGCACUCGACGGGAGCCCGCCCGACGUCCACUGAUCCCACCUUGGUUCUAGACACUCGACGCGUAGAGAUCAUUCAGAAAGCAGAAGAGUCCGUGUCGAGCGAGGGUAUUCAGAUCGAGGUCGAGACUCCGAGGAUUCUGAUCGAAGCGAAACAGAGAAACUCUGUUCUUGGAUGGAUCAAUGAGCUUUGGGCUGCGGCUCAAAAUUAUCGAAGAGAACCGUCUUGGACUGAAUGCGAGCGUAUCGUCGAGAUGGCCAAUCGCGUCUCGCUUUCUAAUAUGAAAACUCGCGCGUUAGAUACGAUUCUAGGCGAAGUCCCGACUUUGGAGACACUUGCGAGAGCAGAAUCGGAUGCGAAAGACUCCGAUUUGGGUGUAUCUCCGAAGCGCGCGCCCGACACAAAGGUGCUCUUUGUGAUCAGCAUUACUGCUCCACAAUUCAACUUGAAGGGUAACAACGCCGCUGGGAGAAUGUUGCUCGCCGCUGAAGGUGGCCUUGUGGUGGGUAGGACUGUUGAAGACGGAGUAUCGGAUCCUAAACGUCUCGUUACAGUCUCUUUGCAGCAAGUGCAAGCUUACGUCGCGCCGACGAAUGUUGACUUGAGUGCCGGCGUGCAAUGGCUCCGAGAGAAGACUUCUGCCGGUAACGAAGUCUCCUUAAUUCGAGAUGAUGUGUUUGGCGAAGCAGAAAGGCAAAAAUCUGGAUCCCUAUUACGCCGAAUUUUCGCUCCUGGCACGAUGGUGUUCGAGUACAGAACUGUCAUAACCACCGUGUCUCGUUCCAUCACUGACGACGCGCUUUACGCAUAUGACGAAGUGGGACUUGAGGAUUUGCACGAUGCCGACGACACUCCAGACGUGCAUGAAGUGCAAGCAGAGCCCGUGAGUGAGUUCUCCGUGCGAUCUCCUGAGAUCAUCGCCGAAAUGAACUCGAACCAAUACGCCGUGUUGAUUGAUGUCAUCGAGGGUCUGUUCUUGACUCCAACGACUGUGAAAAGACCGCGACCGAGUGCUCAGGCCGCGAAGCUAUUACAGAGUCGAGAUAGAACGUUUUUGGAUUCCAUGGCUCUCGCGUCUUCGGGAGUUGUCGCCGAGCCAAUGAGGAGUUUGAUUGCGGCGCGCUGGGCCGCAGAGAGCGUGGAGAAGAACUACCGGCGCGCCAGCAUGCUUGCUCCGAGCGAGAAGCAGAAGAUUCUUGGAAAAAUGGACAGUCUUUGGUCAAAGGCGGAGAAGUCGGAAGCUCGAGUUCUCGCGGCGAUCGCUGAGGCGGAGGAGCUAGUGCGCUUGCACCGCCGUCGUUCAGCCAUCCGUUUGAGCCUUGAUGUUGAGCUCGCGGCGUGGACUUUGGUCGCGGGCGGUCAUCCGUGCAUACAAGCCUCUCUUUCGCGUCUCUCUCUCUCACGGGAACGUCAGGUGGAUUCGUCGGGGACGCUGAGAUUCAAACUUCAUGGAUUAGGACUCGUUUCCCUCGAUCAAGGCGAUCGCGAGGAUAUGUUUUCUCGUUGGUCCCAGGGGAAGGCCGAUUUCGACACGCCUCUCAUCGACCUCUUCUCCGUGCGUGCUGGCUCGGCUCCCGAGCGACCUGUGUACGAUCACUUGGAGUUAAGUGUUCUCCCGUUUCAGGUGAACAUAAAGCACUCGCAGUAUAAGGUCGUUCACAAAUACUUCUUCCCAUCGACUUCUACGGGCGCUUACGACGCGUUUAAAAAAGCGUACAAACGCCCUGCAUCGGACCUGACAGACUUACCCGAAUCUCCUAGGGAGAGUAUCGACGAACGGCGAGCGUCGAACGCUCGUGUUGGAAAUUUAUUGCCACUUCAAAUCCCAGUGGUAUCGCCGGCCAGAAAUCCGCACCGAAGGGAGUGGCGAUGGGAGAAUGACGCAGUAGCCCAGCAGUCCAAGGUAAAACAUGAGGACGUCGCGAAACAGGAAGACAACUCGAGCAAAGCUAAGGUUGUCUUCUUACGUGAGUUCCGCAUCCACCCCUUGCACAUGAAAUUGACCUACGAGGGUAUUAGGAGGGCUUUCAGGGAUUACGAAUUCGGCAUCGACACUUUUGCGUACAACGAUUACCGCGGGCGUUGGCGCGAUUUAACUGCUGAGCUCAAGAACCACCUCGUGUGGAGUGUGCUGAAAUCACUCGUCGGCAUACGAGGCAAGUACGUCGAACAUAAAAUCGACGCCAAGUCUGUAUUCCAGCGCACAGCUGAUCGAAUCAAGGCGAAGGCAAUGAUGCUGAAACGGCGAUCGAGCGGCACGGAGAGCGACGCCGGACGCGAACCGACGCCGGCGUCCGUGGUCGAGGAGACACGCGGACUCUCGGUGUCCGCACCCGGCGAGAUCGAGCGCUCGGAGCGGAAGGAAAACGCGACGCAGAUACAUCCAUCUCACACGUCUCACGCACCGGCGAAGAAUAAGCCUCGCCGAUUCCGUCCGUACAAGAACACCAAAAAGUUCUUAGCCGCCAUCGGCGUUGGCUCGUACGCGCCAGGCGGAGGCGCGUCCACGAACGGGUCGUCAUCCGCCUCGCGUCACGGCUCCCGCGCCGAGGUCGAGGGUGCGUGGUCCGCCCCAUCCAAAUCGAGUCAAGUCGCCGAGUAG